GGGUGGGGUCGGGUGGGGUCCCCAGCACGGAGCGGCGGCUGGCAGGUGAAACGUGCGUCAGGGCCCGGGGGCGUCCGCUGCUCUUCUGCCGCUCUCCCGCCGUCGCUCCGUGCUGGGGUUCGCGGAUGGCUUCCGAGCCCGGGCAUUUUGCUGCCUGUUGCAAGCCCCCUCGCACCCCGCCCCGCCGCUCCCCGCCGCCUGUUUACUUUCCCGGUGCCGCGCGGGGCGGUGUCGCCCCGCUCCCCGGGGGGUGAAGUCGCUAUCACAACUCCGGCCCCCACCUUCCUCCUCCCCCUCCGCCGCCGGGGAGAAGCGCUGCAGCAGCUGCGGCUUCGCCCCUGGCCCCCGCGGGAGGAGUUUCCUGCUCGCAAACUCCGGCGCCGCGGCGGGGAGGAGGCAGCCCCCAGCCGGGGCGGCCGGAUCCCGCCGCUUCCCGCUGCGCCGGAGCGAUGGCUCCGAGUAGAAGGGAGGAGGGGAGAGGCAAGCCAUGUUUAAAACAAACUACACCCUUCUCCUCGCCUCCCGCGGCAGACCCUCUCCAGAGGGUGCUGAAGGCAAGGAUGCAGCAAAAGUAACUAAACAAGAGCCCACAAGACGAUCAGCAAGACUGUCAGCUAAACCUGCUCCACCAAAACCUGAACCCAAACCAAGGAAAACAGCAAAGAGGUGCAGUACUUCAUUUUGUACUGAGAAACUCUUAUCUGUUCUUGAAGCCUGGCUGCUGCUGAGAAUGCACAAUUAUAAUUAAAGGUGAAAUUAAAUAUAUUUAAAUUGAAUGGUUUGGGUUUUCUGGGCCAGUUACAGUCAAAUUAAAAUCUUAUUAGUGUUUGAAAUACCUUUUCAGGAUUUUUGCAUAUAAAUCAUGUACUUCAGAAACUGUAGAUUUAUUUGUGCCUAAGGGGAAUGUUGAAUAAGAGCAAUUGCUUUACUGGGGAGAAAAAUCCCCCACGCUGGACACUGAGUCUAGCACUCCUCACACUUCCAUUUUUCAAGUCCUUUUAUUGUCAUCUCAUUUGGACAAGUGCCAGGAUACAGAGUCCACAUGUGAAAGUAAAACUCUGACGUUAAACACUGUUUGAUUUAUCAUAUAAAAUUACUAGUAGUCUUGCUGAGUCCAUCCUGCUCCCUUCUUAAAAAAAGUAUUAAUAAAGAAGGGAACGUGAUAGCUUCUGUAGCUUCACAUACCUGUGGGAUGAGCUCGGUGUCAUGGACCCAGUCUAAGUUGUGUGAGAGACAUUUGAAGCUUAUUUUGGGUGACUUAAAUCCUUUAUGAUAUUACUGUAAGUAACUUUUUAAUACAGUAAUCUUUUUUUUCCAAACCUUAACUGGAUCACAUUUUCAGUAGUAUAUUUAUCUUAGUCUCAACAGAAAACAGCAAGUGUGUACUCUGAACUUGCUAUUAAAUAAUGAAAGAUAGUGCAGAUUUAAGAUCAUUUUUAUUGCUAAAAGCUUGCAUUUUAUGAAUUUGCUAAGUCAACUCCUUAGUUUGUUCUUUAGUAGGUGAAGAGUUAUAACUGUGCUCGUCCCAACUGUAAGCUUCCAAAUUAAGCUGUUAUGUGACAUUGAAGCUGAGGGGUGGAAGGAGUAAUUCAGGCUGCCCUGGAACUGGGAUUACUGGUGCUCUCUCCUCACUGUCCCACUCCUGUAUGGGCAUCAGUGGGGAAAGGUAGUAAAUGAAGAAAGGCAGACAUUUAUAUCCCUGUUCACAGCUACUGUUGCCAUUUGCAUGGAGAAUUUGGAGCAAAUGCUUGCAUGAGAGAUAUCCAGUGUUUAUCAGAACUACUUUAAAUUCUGAAGUAAAAUAGUACAUGCAAUACCAUUUAAAUUUUAUCCUAUUCCACUUUAAAUACUUAAUCUAUGUCUGUGCUAACCUGUAGGUCACAAACAUAAAUAAGUACAUAGAGAAAGGAUUUAUAAGAAAAUACUGGACUUCAACAUAGAAAUUAAGAGCAAAUCUCAAAAUGAAAUUGUGGCUGUUAGAAUAGUUCCUUUUGAUAAAUUCUUUGCUUUGUGUUGCUGCAGAUGGACUUUUAUCAGUUUGCCUCCCUAGUAUGUUGGCUGGUUCUUUCGUUGACAUGGAAUGACCAUCACAGAUGUUAUCAAAGUAACAAAAGGACAGCUAACAAAAAAGCUUAAUUUUUAAAAUCUAAUUUAAUAUUUUAUAUUAAUUGAAAGUGUAGUGCUGUAGUUAUGCAAACAGCGUGGUGUUUGUGUUUGGCUGAAUAAGCUUUCAAUAUACUGUAAUUGUGUUUGUUCACACAGAUAUCCUGUAUAUACCUCAUAGGACAGCUCUACCAAAGUAGUCUGGCAGGGUUUUGUAUCCCUGGAAAAAUUAGCGGAAAAACUAAAGAAGCAGACACCACCAUUUUCUAGAAAUGUUGAGCAUCUAUGUAACUUAUGUGGGUUUACAGUUUCCAGGUAGCCUUUAGAUGGUUUUCUGUUUCAGUCCAGCGCAUGAAGCUUGCCAGGACUUGCUGUUUAGUUCAUGUGAAAGUUGUUUUGAUAAAGAUGCAGGGUUCUGGCUACUCAUACAAUGUCUAUGGCCAUGUUUUUAAUCUUC